UUGGCAGAAACCAACAUGAUAUUAUAAAGCAACUAUCCUUCAGUUAAAAAUAAAUUAAAAAAAAAAAAAAAAACAUUAGUCACUCUGGAUAGUGGCAGAGUAGAGGGUGAGUGUCUAGAGUGCAGCAGAAGGGAAAUUCCAAGGUCCUGUUGUAUGUCCCUCUGGGACAACUUGUGGAAUUCUCCUCCAGCAGUCAGCUUUAGAAAAUGGAAAAUGAAACUCUCUCCUCUAGAGUCCUGGCAGGACAGUGCAGUACCUCCAGUCCCAAGUCCUUGAGGGAGGUUCACCUGGAGAAGGGAAGGGGCUGGAACUGAGGUCACUGCAUCCCAGUUCAGGGCUCUUGGACAACCCAGGAAGGGAAGAGGGAGGACAGGCUAGAGCUCAGAGCCAUCCAUCAUAAGGAAGGGGAAUAAGUGAGUAGCAUCCCUUUGAUCACCCUGUUCUGUAAAUAGAAUUCUCUUCCUUCUUGCCCUGGCACUAGAUUCUCCUCAGCUUUCCUCCUGCCCCUAGCACCUCUUCCAUCCUGACACUCCUUUCCCCUGAGGCACGCCUUGUCCAAAAUCCUUCUUGGAUGGAACAAACACAUCCAUCCUUUAUUCCCAGCCCCUCUAGCCAUCAUUUUAUCCCCCUCACAUCCCUCAUUUUCCAGGAUCCAGACCAUUUGUUCUUACCAGUCCUGCGAGGUUUCCAACAAGGUCUCUGCUAGAGUUUUUCACUUCUCAAUGCUCUUUUCCAUCUACGAGACUUUUGGAAGCUUGGGGAAGCAAAUAGGCUUUGGUUCCCACCACUCCUCCAGAGCCUCAGUCCUCAGUGUCAACGACUUACUGACAGCUGAACAGCUGCAGGUACUAGGUGAAGAGCAUACUGCUAAAAGGCUGUGAACUCUACCCUGCUCCCUCAUCUGUCCUUCCUAUUGUUUGCAUGAGAUGGUGUAAGCUUGAAAGUGAAAGCGUUAGUCACUCAGUCGUGUCCAAAUCUCUGCAACCCCUUGGGCUGUAGCCUGCCAGGCUCCUCUGUCCAUGGGAUUUCCGAGGCAAGAAUGCCGGAGUGGGUAGUCAUUCCCUUCUCCAGGGGAUCUUCCCCACCCAGGGAUCGAACCCAGGUCUCCUGCAUUGCCAGCAGAUUCUGAUGGUUUAAGCUUAGGGGACUCCAAAGCAGUAGUCAGGAAGAAGUCUGGCUGUCCUGGGCUCAAAGCUGAGCAGGAGGUUAAGGUUAUUCUGCAGAAGACCUUCUGAUGGGAACUUCUCUGGGAUAGCACAUUGGUCAGUGAUGAUCUCAGCUGAGUCUGUGACACUCCCACUCCUACUUGGGCCUGUCUGACGUCAACAGGAAGUAAGGCUGAUGCAACGAGACCAGGGAGUUUGGCUGAAGCCCUGGCCCACACGCCACCCUUCUGAUAAGAAUCCAGUCCCUGGAGGAACAAGGGGAAGGGCUGAGUGGUGGAACUAAAAUCUUUGGGCUAAACCCUCUAGACAGCAGGGAGGAGGUGCAUAAGCCUCCCUGUCUGGCACUUGUGGAACAGGCUCCAUUAGAAGGCUGUCCAUGUCCACCUCUGGUGGAUUGGAGCCUGGCCUGAAGCUGCCUUUUGUGUAACUUGGGUCAAGAUCAAAUGGCAUGUCACAGUGGCUUUCUUACUAUGACUGAGACAUGUAGGCCUGGCCCAAGUCCCCCGCCAAGUGUUAAGGUUGUAGCAGUUGCCCCCUCCGCCUGCCCCCUGGUGGCUGGCCUCCAGGAUGAGCCUGUGGAGUGGGAGACACCUGACCUUUCUCAAGCUGAGAUCGAGCAGAAGAUCAAGGAGUACAAUGGCCAGAUCAACAGCAACUUGUUCAUGAGCCUGAACAAGGAUGGCUCCUACACAGGCUUCAUCAAGGUUCAACUGAAGCUGGUGCGCCCUGUCUCCGUUCCCUCCAGCAAGAAGCCACCCUCCCUGCAGGAUGCCCGGCGCGGCCCAGGGCGGGGCACAGCUGUGAAACGCCGCACCUCCUUCUACCUGCCCAAGGAUGCUGUCAAGCACCUGCACGUGUUGUCACGCACGCGGGCACGCGAGGUCAUCGAGGCCCUGUUGCGCAAGUUCCUGGUGGUGGAUGACCCUCGCAAGUUUGCACUCUUUGAGCGGGCUGAGCGCCAGGGACAAGUGUACCUCCGGAAGCUGUCAGAUGAUGAGCAGCCCCUACGCCUCCGGCUCCUUGCAGGGCCCAGUGAGAAGGCCCUAAGCUUUGUGUUGAAGGAGAAUGACUCUGGGGAGGUGAACUGGGACGCUUUCAGCAUGCCUGAGCUACACAACUUUCUGCGUAUCCUGCAGCGGGAAGAAGAGGAACAUCUCCGCCAGAUCCUGCAGAAGUACUCCUAUUGUCGCCAGAAGAUUCAGGAAGCCCUGCACGCCUGCCCCCUGGGGUGACCUCUUGUACCCCGGGGUGGAAGGAGGAGAGUAGGCAGUGCCAAGGGCAUGCCGUGUGAGUGUGCAAAGGCCCCUGUGGCCUGAGGAAUGAGUGUGCAUGGAGGCCCUCUCGCUGGGGGAACGAGCCCAGAGAACAGCGAAGGAGCUGGCCCCCUGUGUCCACCAGUGGGUGGAGCAGAGCAUGGCUCUUCACCCUUCUGCCUGUCGUGUACUGGGUCAUGGUGGGCCAGGGUUGCCCUGGGAAGCUGCUCCAGGCUUGCAGCAGGGGUAGAGGAGACAGAAGUCUCUUUAAAUUUGUGUCUCAGAUAUGAGAAUAUUGGAGACCCUACAAACAGAAUAGGGUCGUUUGCAGGGAUGAGGGCCCUUGUCUAUGCAGAACGGUUGUGUGAUUUGGGUCUUGGAUGGGGGAGGGGGGUGUCUCAGGAUAGCCCUAUCAGAACCAAGGGUGGGUGUUCAAGAUAAGACAGGCAUCAAGGAAGAGUCUAGGGUUCCCUCUCCAGCACCCUCUGACUCCUCACACACCUUCAGGUCAGGGAGUGCUGGCUAAGGGUGCAGCAAUAGUGCCUCUGCCUCCUCCAAGGAGGAUGUCCCUGGGCCAGGCUUUCUGUGAAUGUGGGCACUGGCCCAGGUGUCUGUGCCUUGUUUGCCAGUCAAAGCCAGGGUCUUUCCCUUGGGUAUUUUUGAUGAUGUGUGCGAAUGUAUGUACUAUUUUGUGGCCUCAGCUGAAUGCCUCCUGUGGGGAAAGGGGUGGGGGUAAUAGUCAUCAGGGCCUGGGGUCUGAGAAAAUUGGCUAAAUAAAGAUUUAAGAAUUCU